AUGAAGCACCUCGCGGCCUACCUUCUCCUUGGCCUUGCUGGCAACUCGAGCCCAUCUGCCGACGACGUCAAGGGCGUUCUCUCUUCCGCCGGUAUCGAUGCUGACGAUGAGCGCCUGUCCAAGCUGAUUGAGGAGCUUGAGGGCAAGGACAUCAAUGAGUUGAUCUCUGCCGGUACCGAGAAGCUCGCAUCCGUCCCAUCUGGCGGUGCCGGUGGCGCUGCUGCUGGUGGUGCUGCUGCUCCCGCCGCUGGCGGUGCCGCUGCCGCCGAGGAGGAGGCGCCUGCUAAGGAGGAAGAGAAGGAGGAGUCCGAUGAGGACAUGGGCUUCGGUCUGUUCGACUAA